AUGCCGACACAAUCUGACCAGCACGAGCCCGUGCAGAGAAGCCCAUCCGACCACAACACGUCUCAGCAAAUCUCGCCGCAGCCCCUCUUUCACCAGCCUUCAGCUCGACAGCCCCCUCCCGGGAUGCUUGCGUGCAUCUACCAAAUACUCUAUCCAAACCAGCACGACGAACCAAGGAGAAACCAUCCCAUCACCUCACCACCACGACCGUCCAUAUCAUACCCCAUAGUGCCACCCGAUAACAACCCCGUAGACCAAUUCGAAAACCCCCGCCCAGCCCCCCUCCCCCCGACUCUCUCCCGUCCACAUCUCUCGCCUGCCACGAUCUCCGCCCCUAUCCCAUCCCCUCCCACUCCGUCUCCGUCAACUCCUCCUCCUCCAUACUCCCCCACCCCAGACCGAGCCUUGAUCAACAGCCACACCAGCAACGCCGCCCACUCCUACGCCUACGCCCACGCCCGCGCGCCCGCCAUCAGGAGACCCCUCAGCGUCCCACCGCCCCCGCGCGAGUUCUCCAGCCCCUUCGCGACGGACUUCCCGGACGCCUGCCACUGGUGCUCGCCGCGCCAGUCCCUGCAGCUGGGCCGGUUCGUGCUGUGCAGCGCGUGCCACCGGGUCCGGCACUGCGCCAUCGGGCUCGGGGCGGGGCGUGUGGUGUGUAAUGAGUGCUUCAGGGUGCACUUUCUUGACGGUAAGGAGUAG